UGUUAUGAAUAUAAAAACUUAGCCUUAUAUCACACACCCAUUUGAUAGUCAUUUUUAUGUUAAUUUAUCAUGGCAAAUGAGUUAUUUAUGUACAGGACACCAAAAGGCACCCUACAGUGAUACUGACCCAAACAACUUACCAUGUCUCAAAUGUGUAGAGCCUUUAUUUUUCAUGUAACUACUGAAGUCUCAGCCUUUCUCAUUCAGUAUACAUUCAGAAGUACAUUGAACAGGAAAUAAAACAUCAACCAGCUUGCAAAAUCAUUGCCUUUUAUCCAUCUCUGAUACUGUUAUUAGGGGAGACAUAAGGAAAUUAUAACUUUUUUAUAUUUAUUUUUUAAUUUUAUUUAGUAGCCUAUUGCUUUAAUAGCCUAUUAUACUUCGGUUAAAUCAAAAAUCCAAUAUGAAUAAUAACUAGUUUUGAGUCAAAAUUUAAAAUAAUCUAGGAACAAUGUUGAAAAAAAGUGAAACAUGAAACUUGUGUGUGCGCGCGCGUCCAUAGAAACCGACGGUAUCCAGGCUACGGAAUACAAACAUUCGGCGACUUCGCUACAGGAACCGAUAGAUCUCUUUAACAAAACGAUUUUAAAUACAGGCUGGUAAAGCCUUUUUUUUAUUUUUUACUCUACACCAAAUUAUGAUGUCAUCCCAGAUUUUAGUGUCGCGACCCCAUUUUGACACGCGGAUCGUGGCACAGAAUGGCUCACAGCCACCGGUCACAAACCCGGAGACCACCGUUAAGGAAAACGUUUACGCGGGUACAUCCGCCGGUCUGGCCACUGCGGGCUACCGGAGCGCCAAAUACACCCCCGGAGAGUGGAUCAACAAUAACUCUGAUAUAUUAAACCGGGCAGUUGCGGACCGGAACCACGCGGAGAAUAUUUGCAACGAGUCCAAAACGCUGAAAACGGAGACCGACGCCGGGACUUUACGCACACAGACCGAGGGCACCAAACAGCUGGGCGCGCGGCUGCAGGACAUCCACCGCUGGAGAUCCGAGUUGGAGCUGUUUAUCGAGCGGCUGAACGCAGAAACAGACCUGCUGAUUGGCUGCAGGAAGCGGCUGGAAAAAGCGCUGGACGCCACGGAGAUACCCUUCGCCAUCGCCACCGAUAACCUGACCUGCCGAGAGAGACGCUUCGGCCCGGAUCUGGUGGAGGACCAGGUGGAAGAGGAACUUCUAAAGGAGGUGGAGCUGAUCAGAAGCGUCCAGGCCCUGCUGAAAAAAACUCUGGAUCAAACCCUCAACCAGAUCAGGCUGAACCGGGAUGUGAAGCAGACUCUUGAGUUAGACUGGUCUGACAAACAGCAGGCCUACAGUCUGGAUGACCAGUGUGGGCGCUAUAACAACAGGAGCACGGACACACAAUGGCAUCCCAGCUCAGCAGUGCUGCAGGACCAGGUGUGUGAUGAGGAGGUGUGGCGUAAGUUUACUCGGGAUAACCUGCGGCUGGCGGAGAGAGAGGAGGUGGCGAGCCAGGCCUUGAGGCGGCUGUCUGAGCGGGUGUUGCAGGAGACGGCUGAGGACCUGCGGGCACAGUGUGCCACUGUAGAUCAGGCAUUCAUUCAGCGCUGCAUGGAACUGAGCCAGGCCAAAACACAGCUGGAGCUGCACCUGGGACAGAUUCUGGAUCAGAUUGGGGCUCAGGAGAGGAAUAUCUCAUACUUGCAGCAAGCUGUGCAUGAUAAAGAAGCUCCACUCAGAGUGGCUCAAUCCAGGCUGCAUUACCGGACCUUCAGACCCAACAUGGAGCUGUGCCGAGACCAGCCGCAGCUCAGUCUGUUAGGUGAAGCAUCAAAGCUCAGCAGUACACUAUCAGCCCUGCAGCAGCAGCUCUAUGAAGCACGCAGAUCUUUGUCUGACCUGGAGGAGAGUCGACUGACCCUGGAGAAAGACAUCGCUUGCAAAACAAACUCUCUCCUCAUCGACAGAGAGAAGUGUAUGACACACCGCACACGCUACCCUACCGUCACAGCACUGUCUGGAUACUGACACACUCUCAUAAUAUUCCCUCAUCAACAGGAGGUCUGGAUCUGUUAGACAGUCACUUCCAAUGGCCUGUGUGUGUCCAUUUUCUGUUUUUUUUGUUGCAGUGAUUAUAUUUGUCCUCUGGUUUUAAAGAAAAUGCUUUUAAAGAUUUUUUUUCAAAAGCAAUCAUUCUAGUAUUAAAUGAUAUAUUAUAAUAGUUAUUAAAUGUUUUAUUGUGUCUCGUUUAUUUGUCAUUUAUUUUUAUUUCAGUUUUUGCCUAUACAAUGAAAAUCAGCAAGAUUAAAAUAACAUUGGACACCACUGA